UCUAGAACACUAUAAUAGCGCACAAAUCUCAAAAUCGAUAAAUUUUGAGUUAUGGUGGUCUUGUACUCACAGUGCGAUAUAUGGUAUGACCCCCUCGGAGAUAAACAAAAGUCGGCGACUAUGGCUGUGUAUAAAUUGCGUUAAUAGUUUCUGCAAAUUUUUAAUUAUUAUCAUUUCUUAAAAUAGCAUGCGAAAAUUGGAAAAAUUUUCAUUUUUUUGUUUAUUAAAAAAAUUGUCCGAUUUGAGUCUACCGCGGGAUUCUAAAAAUACGGUCAUCGUUGGUGAUGGCAACGAGCAGGUAAUAAUUUUCGUAUUUUAGACUGUGAAUUUAUACAAAUUCCUACGUGGGCAUUUCUAUUGUUUUGUACGAAGCUGUUCCAAUCCCCAAACAAUUCUUUACAUUCUAACACCUUUGUUUUGGACGAAAAAUGUAUAUGGCCGAAUUCCAAAUGAAACUGCAAAUCACACAUUCUAGAAUAUUCAGUCCGGUGUGUAUGAUAUCAUCUGCAUGAUUUUGAUAUUAAAUAUUUUGUAAAAAGGGUUAUUUUUUCAACAUUUUGACAGUUUAGGAGAGCAACUAGGAGUUAUUGAUCUAGUGCUUGUAUGGUCAAAAAAUUUUGAAAUAAGAAAACGAAAAUGAGUUCAUAUAAAGUGGAAUUAUACGUCUACGAUUUGUCUAGAGGAAUGGCAUCAGCAAUUUCACCAAUGUUGCUUGGGAAAAAGAUAGAUGGAAUUUGGCACACAUCUAUUGUAGUUUAUAAUAGAGAAUAUUUUUUUGGUUCUAGAGGCGUUGAAAGUUGUAAUCCGGGUACUACUGCUAUAGGAAAUCCAUUAAGGGUGGAAAAUUUGGGUGAUACACAAGUUCCAUACUCUGUAUACAUUGACUACUUAAAAGGAUUAUCUGAAACAGCUUAUGCUGGAAGAACCUACCAUCUUCUGAAUCACAAUUGCAAUAACUUCUCAAACGAAGUAGCCCAAUUCCUGUGCGGGGUAUCAAUACCAAAGUACAUACUCGAUCUUCCAAACGAAGUAUUAAACUCUAGUCUCAGCUCGGGCCUUCUUUCUCUUGUCUCUCAACUGGAAAAUAGCGCCAGACCGAUUGGUGAAGAGCAGUCGAACAGUAUUAAGGAACAGAGUCCGGAUUUUGAGCAGCUAAACACACAAAUCGAGGAAGCCAGAUAUAACUCGUUUCUCUUGGAACAGCGACGGAAGACACUUAACGAAAAGAUAGCAAAAAAGGAGAGGAAACGUGAGAAGAAACGUAAAAAAAUAUUAGAAGCUGGCGGCGUGUUGCCACCGGAAUUAAGAGAGGAGUGUACAAUGGCGGACACAGAGGCUGUUAAUGGACAAGCUCAACUACCCUCUGACCAAGCAUUGGCUAUGGAAGAGGAAGAAAGAAGAGAAGAGGAGGCUAAGAAAAAGGCACGAGAUCCCCCAGUUGUUUUUAAGGACGUAAUAGAUGUCAAGGCAGAAUUUGAUGCCUUGGUUGCUCUUAUAGAUGGUAAAUUGACACCUGAAGAACAAAGAGCUACUGAAGAACUUCAACAGUACAUGAUUGGCGAUGAAGGUAGUUGGGCUUUAAGUGACGGAUUCCUCGAUUUCGUGGGAAGACUUUUAAACGAUAAUCAGUUUCCUCUUGAUGUGAGAGUCAAGACUUUUAACGUAUUAGCAGUAGCAGCUUUGAAAGACGAUGUAAUUUUGGUUCUACAUCAAGAUCGAAAGGAUCACGUUUUAAUGAAUUAUGCUUUCGAAAUCGACAGAUUAAGUAUGCAAGAACAAGAAUCAAUUGCUUUAUUUAUGGCGAACAUGUUCGAAAACCUUAGUUCUUCCGAGUGGCUGCUCUACAUUUCAGAAUGGACGUACAACAACACUCAGACCAGCAAUAUUCGAGUGACAACCAAAGUUGCCGUACAUUCGCUCUUAUCCGACUCUCCGGUGCUACAAGAUAGAGGCUCGGCCAUCAUUCACAAUCUUGCUUGCAAGGAGGUAAAAACUGUGGUAUUCGACGACGUGGCGGUAGAAUUAACCAUGGCGUUACUUCAAUAUUUCAACUCGAAACCGGCGGAAGAACAACUGUUUAGAUGUAUGAAAGCGUUGGCGAAAUUCGCUCAAGUUUCGACUCAAGAAGUUCCUCAACUCAUCCAAAUGAUCGGGCCGGAUCCGAAAAGUUUUAAGGGAACGAGUGAGAGAAUUGACAGCUUGAUUGAUCAGAUUAGUGUUAAGUUACGGUAAUUAGUCAUUGUCGAAACCAUUUACUUAGAAGGAAGGCCGAUUUUAUUUGUAUGUACUUGAUUUAAUUGUAUAUAUAAUUUAUGCUAUACUAUAGUCACCUUUUUUACAUUUUCUAUAAGUAAAUGUUUUUUAUAAUACAUUUUUCGAAAUUAAAUAUAGUUAAGGUAGGGUCCGAUUACAAUUAGAAGAACACGUCAUAACCAUUACUUCGAAUUUCGAAUACGUAUUAUCUAUAACUAUCAAUAAAUAAAAAAUAAGUAAGUUGUUAGGUAUAAGACAAUAUUGCCUAUAUUCCUACAAUAUUAAUAUUCCACUAAACCCCCAGUAGACUACGAUAACCAAUUAAUUACUUUGCCAAAUGAUGACGUAGCUGUGUUCUUUUAAUUGUAAUCGAACCCUAUAAUGACCGAUUUAGUGAAUUUUAGCAGAGCUGGUGAGGCAAGAGUUUUCAUGACAUUUUGGCUUUUUGCAAUGAAACUGGAUUACCUCUUUACUGGUUCUGCGUAUGUGUGGUCGUGUAUCUUGAAUUUGAUAUCAUUCUAAACCCAAAUUUAAGAGCACAGUGAAUAGCGAAAUUCUUUGCCUUAAUCCUGUCUGAAAGAUUUCCUUCUGGUGUCAUUGUAUUUUUUGUUUUUUUCAUGUUCCUUAUCGCGGAAUAAUAUGCCAUCGUAUAAACGAUAAAUAAAAAAUUGAGCCAUAUAUUUUGUCUGGAG